UGGUGCAUCCAUUUGUAUUGCUUCCGUGUAUUAUCAGGAUGUUUAGCCAUGAAGAAUGAAAACAUUGUUGGAUUUAGCGUAUUAUGGGACCUUUUUAGCUAUAUUAAUGACCUUUUAGCUAUAUUAUUGUAAAUUUGGUUAUUAUAUAUCGUAUUGUUAUCGAAUUGCUACUAGAUUAUACCAUACUGCACUUUGAAAUUUUUUAUCCAGGAUUACUGUAGUUUCAAAUCCUGAGUUAGCGCGAUCAUCGUAGUGCUCGUCGAAUUAUCUGGGGCAGUGCAGACAGGUGGGGACGGCCGAGUCUCAAGUGGGCGAAACCGUGUCGCUCGCGGUCCACGCGGCACAGACGCAGCCCCUGGCCCAUCGCCGCACGACCGUCGUUGUCAAGGUGGUGCUGGUACACCAUACACGCACGAGAGGAAACCUCCCACACGGCCAUGAGCAUGGUGCUGGUAUCCAGUCCAGGGCUGAGUCGAUGGGAGUGGAUCUGCAUCUGCCACCUGGACGGAUAGAUUGGACUGAGAACUCUUGAUCGGAUGAUGCAGCCUCUUGAUGCCCGUCGUCGAUCCUCUCCUGAACACUGCCACCGGGAAUGCCGGCACCAGCGGCACCGGACCCACCACCGUGCCCCCACCCAUGGGCUGCACACCUCCAACGUGAAAACGAGCUGGCCGGGCCAUCGCUUAUGGCCUCUAUACGACCCAUAUCCUGUGUCCACUUGCCUUGCGCCGGCCCUUGCUCGUCACUCCGGUCCUCGCUGGUGGCCCAGCCGUGUUUGGUACUUCUGUUGGUACUCCUGUUAAUCGGGUGAAAUAAUAUUAGUGAAAGACAACAUCCAAAAAGGUUUCCGCCGUGUUUGGUACUUCUAUUGUGCAGUCUGACGCUUGGAGCCUUGGCUCUCAAACUAGAAAUGAAAUUCUGUUUUAGUUAAAACACAAAUGAUUCGAAAUCUUGGCUAAAACCUGAUAGACUGUGCUCAAUCAGUUUCCAGAUUCACUAGAUAGAUUCGGAUUUUAGCGCGUGCGAGGCUAUUGAGAUAAAAGUCGUGUGACAUGCUCAAAUUACUAAAUGUAGAGAGUAAGCAACAAAGCAUGUCUGUUUCCUUGUUGCAGAAGGGUGUGGUUAUGAUGUCCAUGUUCCGUUCCGUCCUCCCAAGAGUAACAAGAUCUAAUGGCUGGAGAUGCUUUUCAACUGGGAUUCCUUACGAUGAUAUAGCAGAGCUAAACAAGGAAAUGGAAUCAAUAUUUGGUGAAUCUCCAUCAUCCAGUCCUUUGGGCUCAAGUCCUCCCCAGCAACCAGUCCAGCCUGCUUAUGAAGCUGAGGAUUCACAACCAGUGCUUACACAUACUGAUAGGAGCGGGCAGGCAAAGAUGGUUGAUGUCUCACCCAAAGAAGAUAGUAAGAGAGUUGCUAUUGCUAGUUGCAGGGUCUUACUAGGCCAAAAGGUGUUUAAUUUGGUUGCAUCAAAUGAGAUUGCGAAAGGAGAUGUCCUUACUGUUGCCAAGAUUGCUGGAAUAACUGGAGCAAAGCAAACUAGCAACCUUAUACCCCUGUGCCACAACAUUAAUCUUUCCCAUGUUCGUGUUGAUCUUAGUCUCAAUGAAGAGGAUUCUAGUGUCGUGAUAGAAGGGGAAGCCACAACCAGCGGAAAGACAGGGGUUGAGAUGGAAGCAAUGACUGCAGUAGCCAUUGCCGGCCUCACAGUUUAUGACAUGUGCAAAGCCGCUUCAAAGGACAUUUGUAUAACAGAUGUCUGUCUGCAGCACAAAUCUGGGGGAAAGAGUGGAAGUUGGUCCAGAAAUUGAAGGGUUCAUUAUUGGUCUGCGCAUAUGAACUGCAAGCAUGAGAUUCAGAUAUCAAGACAGUUGAUUCUUCGCGCCAAAUUGUUUUGAUUUGGCUUUGAAUGCAGGUUCCUGUGUUGUAGAUUUCUAGUCCUUGAGGACAUCAUUUGAAUCUCUACUCCUGAGUUGUACAUACAUUGUUCAUGAAUUCAGAAUAGAUGGUCAUGUCAACUUAUUUUCAGAUCUAUACUUUCUUCCCUUGGUGU